AAAAAUGGCUUUGAGGCAAUCCGUGCCUUUAUGCAAAAGAUUGUUCAAAAUCUCAAUGUAGAAGAAAGUGGUGACAGGGUUGCCCUGGUCCAGUACAGUCGAGAUGCGACUGCCAAUUUUUAUCUCAACUCAUAUUCAACCAAGAAUGAAGUGCAGAAUUCAAUACAAUCUGUCAAACACAAAGCAGGGAGGCCACUGAAUAGUGCUGCUGCCCUCCAGUUUAUUAAAGAUUAUAUAUUCACUCCAUCAUCUGGAGCCAGAUAUCUUGAGGGAUCACGUCAGGUACUGUACAUAUUUUCUGGUGGACGAUCAAAUGAUGAUAUCAGAGGUGCUUCACAAGCAUUAAGGGAAAGUAAAAUAAUAGUUUUUACUUUUGGAACAAGAAAUGCUGACGCUUUGGAGUUACAGACAAUGUCCUUGACACCAGCAUAUGCCUUCUCCAUCCCUGACUUUAACUUCCUUGAUAGCACCUAUCAAGUAGUUGCCUCCAUCACUGGUGUUGAAGAAAGUUCAGUGAAGUUUACAACAUCUAAGGCAAAUGAAUUUCAAAGUAAAGCGAUGAAAAGAGAUAUUGCUUUUCUUGUGGAUGGCUCAGACAAUACUAGAAGAGGAUUUCAAGCAUUACGUGAUUUUUUAUACAAUGUUAUUGCAAAUCUCACGAUUGGAGUAAAUGAGAACAGAAUUGCAAUGAUUCAGUACAGCAAUGUAGCAGUUGCCAAUUUUCAUCUAAAUUCAUUUCUGAGGAAAAAAGAUGUAUUAAAUGCUGUUAAAGGUCUUACACACAAAGGGGGAAGACCCCUUAAUACAGGCUCUGCUCUUUGGUAUGUUAAUAAUAAUAUAUUUGCUGCACCAUCAGGCAGUAGAAAGCAUGAAGGAGUCCCUCAAAUACUAAUUCUCCUAUCUGGGGGAAAAUCAAAAGACAGUAUUGAUGAGGCACUGACUGCCCUCAAGCAUGCUGGAGUUUCAGUAAUUGGAAUAGGGACACAAAAUUCAGAUGCUCAAGAGCUACAAAAAAUUACAUCUGGAUUAACAUCAUUCUUUGUGGAUGACUAUGAUGACCUAAAAAAUAUUGAAGAGAAAGUAGUGGCAGCAGUGAAAAUGGAUUUGUCAAAAGAGACAGCAAAAAAUGAAUCUGUGAUUGCUGACCAAAGAUUUGACCAGAAAGAUCUCGUAUUUCUUCUGGAUGGUUCAGAUGGCACUCGGAAUUAUUUCACAGCAAUGCGUAAUUUCAUUCAAAGCAUUGUGGAGAAAUUAAAUGUGUCAGAGGGGAGAGACCGUGUCUCUGUAGUGCAAUUCAGCAGAGAUCCAGAGGUGCAUUUCUAUCUCAACACGUUCCCAACAAAGGAGAGUAUUCUCAACACUAUUAGAGGUCUGAGGCACAAAGGAGGGAGUCCGCUCAACACAGGAAUGGCUCUCCAGUAUGUAAGGGACACAGUGUUCAGCCCCUCUUCUGGAAGCAGACGUUUAGAGGGUGUUCCUCAGGUAUUGAUUUUGUUGAGUGGAGGAAGGUCAUUUGAUAAUGUUGACGUGCCAGCCUCUUCCCUGAAAGAGCUUGGAGUCUUGAUUUUUCCUGUGGGAUCAGUAGACUCUGAUAGACAUGAAUUGCAGAAGAUCUCAAAUGACCCUAGGUCCACACUCUCGGUGACAGACUUUACUUACCUCCCCAAUGUGCAAGAGCAGCUUCUGACCAUCAUUAACACUGCACUUAUAAGAUCCACAAGUAUCUCUCCGACAACAAUAGUUGAGUCUCGUCUACCAAGGAGAGAUGUUGUUUUCCUGCUGGAUGGGUCAGAGGGCAAUAGAAAUGGGUUCCCCGCAAUGAUAGACUUUGUUCAACGAGUGGUGGAGAGGUUGAACAUAGGCGAGAACAAAGAUCGUGUUUCUGUAGUCCAGUUCAGCAGAGAUACAGAUAUUCAUUUCUAUCUUAAUGCAUAUACAACAAAGGAGGACGUUCUUGGCGCAGUCAGAGUUUUGAGGCAAAAAGGAGGAAAGCCCCUGAACAUGGGGGCAGCUCUACAGUACGUCAGAGAAAACGUAUUUAUUGCCUCCUCGGGCAGUAGACGACUGGAGGGUGUACCACAGAUGCUGAUCCUGUUGAGUGCCGGAAGGUCAUUUGACAAUGUCGAUAUCCCAGCUUCAGCACUGAAGGACCUGGGAAUCUUGAUUUUUGGAAUAGGAUCAAGCGACUCUGAACGCAAUGAACUUGAGAGGAUUUCAUUUGACCCCAGUUUUGCGCUAAUUGUGUCAGAUUUCGCUGAGCUCCCAAAUGUCCAAGACCAACUUUUGACUUCCAUAGAGGCUGUGGCAGCUCCCAUUACUCCGUCCUCCCCACCAUCACUUGUUGAUUAUGAGGGUCCCAGAAAGGAUGUUGUCUUCCUGCUGGAUGGUUCAGAUGGGACUAGGAAUGGAUUCCCUGCCAUGCUUGAUUUUGUACAAAGACUAGUGGAAAAGUUUAACUUUGAGGACAGCAUGGACCAUGUUUCGGUGGUGCAAUACAGUACAAAUGCCGAGGUGCAUUUCUAUCUGAGUACCUUUUCGACAAAAGAUGAAAUCCUCAAUGCCAUCAGCACUGUAAAGCACAAAGGCGGGAGACGUGUCAACACAGGGUCAGCUCUCCAAUAUGUGAGAGAAAAUGUCUUCACUGCUUCUGCUGGCAGUAGACAUCAGGAGGGCGUGCCUAAUAUCCUCAUUCUGCUCAGGGGAUCAAGGUCAACAGAUAAUGUUGAUCUCCCGGCCUCUGCCCUGAAAGAGAGUGGAGUCUUAAUUUUUGGUGUUGGCACCAGGAAUUUGAGCAGUGAAAUUCAGAGAAUCGCAAAUGGCCCUUCCUAUGCUCAGACGGUUUCUGAGCUCUCUGACCUAGCCAGUGUCCAGCAGCAAUUUUACAACUCUCUCAGCACUGCACUUCUAGACGUAAUGCCAGUGAUACCUACUGUGAUAGUUGACCAAAGAUUUGACCAGAAAGAUCUCGUAUUUCUUCUGGAUGGUUCAGAUGGCACUCGGAAUUAUUUCACAGCAAUGCGUAAUUUCAUUCAAAGCAUUGUGGAGAAAUUAAAUGUGUCAGAGGGGAGAGACCGUGUCUCUGUAGUGCAAUUCAGCAGAGAUCCAGAGGUGCAUUUCUAUCUCAACACGUUCCCAACAAAGGAGAGUAUUCUCAACACUAUUAGAGGUCUGAGGCACAAAGGAGGGAGUCCGCUCAACACAGGAAUGGCUCUCCAGUAUGUAAGGGACACAGUGUUCAGCCCCUCUUCUGGAAGCAGACGUUUAGAGGGUGUUCCUCAGGUAUUGAUUUUGUUGAGUGGAGGAAGGUCAUUUGAUAACGUUGACGUGCCAGCCUCUUCCCUGAAAGAGCUUGGAGUCUUGAUUUUUCCUGUGGGAUCAGUAGACUCUGAUAGACAUGAAUUGCAGAAGAUCUCAAAUGACCCUAGGUCCACACUCUCGGUGACAGACUUUACUUACCUCCCCAAUGUGCAAGAGCAGCUUCUGACCAUCAUUAACACUGCACUUAUAAGAUCCACAAGUAUGUCUCCGACAACAAUAGUUGAGUCUCGUCUACCAAGGAGAGAUGUUGUUUUCCUGCUGGAUGGGUCAGAGGGCAAUAGAAAUGGGUUCCCCGCAAUGAUAGACUUUGUUCAACGAGUGGUGGAGAGGUUGAACAUAGGCGAGAACAAAGAUCGUGUUUCUGUCGUCCAGUUCAGCAGAGAUACAGAUAUUCAUUUCUAUCUUAAUGCAUAUACAACAAAGGAGGACAUUCUUGGCGCAGUCAGAGUUUUGAGGCAAAAAGGAGGAAAGCCCCUGAACAUGGGGGCAGCUCUACAGUACGUCAGAGAAAACGUAUUUAUUGCCUCCUCGGGCAGUAGACGACUGGAGGGUGUACCACAGAUGCUGAUCCUGUUGAGUGCCGGAAGGUCAUUUGACAAUGUCGAUAUCCCAGCUUCAGCACUGAAGGACCUGGGAAUCUUGAUUUUUGGAAUAGGAUCAAGCGACUCUGAACGCAAUGAACUUGAGAGGAUUUCAUUUGACCCCAGUUUUGCGCUAAUUGUGUCAGAUUUCGCUGAGCUCCCAAAUGUCCAAGACCAACUUUUGACUUCCAUAGAGGCUGUGGCAGCUCCCAUUACUCCGUCCUCCCCACCAUCACUUGUUGAUUAUGAGGGUCCCAGAAAGGAUGUUGUCUUCCUGCUGGAUGGUUCAGAUGGGACUAGGAAUGGAUUCCCUGCCAUGCUUGAUUUUGUACAAAGACUAGUGGAAAAGUUUAACUUUGAGGACAGCAUGGACCAUGUUUCGGUGGUGCAGUACAGUACAAACGCCGAGGUGCAUUUCUAUCUGAGUACCUUUUCGACAAAAGAUGAAAUCCUCAAUGCCAUCAGCACUGUAAAGCACAAAGGCGGGAGACGUGUCAACACAGGGUCAGCUCUCCAAUAUGUGAGAGAAAAUGUCUUCACUGCUUCUGCUGGCAGUAGACAUCAGGAGGGCGUGCCUAAUAUCCUCAUUCUGCUCAGGGGAUCAAGGUCAACAGAUAAUGUUGAUCUCCCGGCCUCUGCCCUGAAAGAGAGUGGAGUCUUAAUUUUUGGUGUUGGCACCAGGAAUUUGAGCAGUGAAAUUCAGAGAAUCGCAAAUGGCCCUUCCUAUGCUCAGACAGUUUCUGAGCUCUCUGACCUAGCCAGUGUCCAGCAGCAAUUUUACAACUCUCUCAGCACUGCACUUCUAGACGUAAUGCCAGUGAUACCUACUGUGAUAGUUGAUUAUGAGGGUCCCAGAAAGGAUGUUGUCUUCCUGCUGGAUGGUUCAGAUGGGACUAGGAAUGGAUUCCCUGCCAUGCUUGAUUUUGUACAAAGACUAGUGGAAAAGUUUAACUUUGAGGACAGCAUGGACCAUGUUUCGGUGGUGCAAUACAGUACAAAUGCCGAGGUGCAUUUCUAUCUGAGUACCUUUUCGACAAAAGAUGAAAUCCUCAAUGCCAUCAGCACUGUAAAGCACAAAGGCGGGAGACGUGUCAACACAGGGUCAGCUCUCCAAUAUGUGAGAGAAAAUGUCUUCACUGCUUCUGCUGGCAGUAGACAUCAGGAGGGCGUGCCUAAUAUCCUCAUUCUGCUCAGGGGAUCAAGGUCAACAGAUAAUGUUGAUCUCCCGGCCUCUGCCCUGAAAGAGAGUGGAGUCUUAAUUUUUGGUGUUGGCACCAGGAAUUUGAGCAGUGAAAUUCAGAGAAUCGCAAAUGGCCCUUCCUAUGCUCAGACGGUUUCUGAGCUCUCUGACCUAGCCAGUGUCCAGCAGCAAUUUUACAACUCUCUCAGCACUGCACUUCUAGACGUAAUGCCAGUGAUACCUACUGUGAUAGUUGACCAAAGAUUUGACCAGAAAGAUGUCGUAUUUCUUCUGGAUGGUUCAGAUGGCACUCGGAAUUAUUUCACAGCAAUGCGUAAUUUCAUUCAAAGCAUUGUGGAGAAAUUAAAUGUGUCAGAGGGGAGAGACCGUGUCUCUGUAGUGCAAUUCAGCAGAGAUCCAGAGGUGCAUUUCUAUCUCAACACGUUCCCAACAAAGGAGAGUAUUCUCAACACUAUUAGAGGUCUGAGGCACAAAGGAGGGAGUCCGCUCAACACAGGAAUGGCUCUCCAGUAUGUAAGGGACACAGUGUUCAGCCCCUCUUCUGGAAGCAGACGUUUAGAGGGUGUUCCUCAGGUAUUGAUUUUGUUGAGUGGAGGAAGGUCAUUUGAUAACGUUGACGUGCCAGCCUCUUCCCUGAAAGAGCUUGGAGUCUUGAUUUUUCCUGUGGGAUCAGUAGACUCUGAUAGACAUGAAUUGCAGAAGAUCUCAAAUGACCCUAGGUCCACACUCUCGGUGACAGACUUUACUUACCUCCCCAAUGUGCAAGAGCAGCUUCUGACCAUCAUUAACACUGCACUUAUAAGAUCCACAAGUAUCUCUCCGACAACAAUAGUUGAGUCUCGUCUACCAAGGAGAGAUGUUGUUUUCCUGCUGGAUGGGUCAGAGGGCAAUAGAAAUGGGUUCCCCGCAAUGAUAGACUUUGUUCAACGAGUGGUGGAGAGGUUGAACAUAGGCGAGAACAAAGAUCGUGUUUCUGUAGUCCAGUUCAGCAGAGAUACAGAUAUUCAUUUCUAUCUUAAUGCAUAUACAACAAAGGAGGACAUUCUUGGCGCAGUCAGAGUUUUGAGGCAAAAAGGAGGAAAGCCCCUGAACAUGGGGGCAGCUCUACAGUACGUCAGAGAAAACGUAUUUAUUGCCUCCUCGGGCAGUAGACGACUGGAGGGUGUACCACAGAUGCUGAUCCUGUUGAGUGCCGGAAGGUCAUUUGACAAUGUCGAUAUCCCAGCUUCAGCACUGAAGGACCUGGGAAUCUUGAUUUUUGGAAUAGGAUCAAGCGACUCUGAACGCAAUGAACUUGAGAGGAUUUCAUUUGACCCCAGUUUUGCGCUAAUUGUGUCAGAUUUCGCUGAGCUCCCAAAUGUCCAAGACCAACUUUUGACUUCCAUAGAGGCUGUGGCAGCUCCCAUUACUCCGUCCUCCCCACCAUCACUUGUUGAUUAUGAGGGUCCCAGAAAGGAUGUUGUCUUCCUGCUGGAUGGUUCAGAUGGGACUAGGAAUGGAUUCCCUGCCAUGCUUGAUUUUGUACAAAGACUAGUGGAAAAGUUUAACUUUGAGGACAGCAUGGACCAUGUUUCGGUGGUGCAGUACAGUACAAACGCCGAGGUGCAUUUCUAUCUGAGUACCUUUUCGACAAAAGAUGAAAUCCUCAAUGCCAUCAGCACUGUAAAGCACAAAGGCGGGAGACGUGUCAACACAGGGUCAGCUCUCCAAUAUGUGAGAGAAAAUGUCUUCACUGCUUCUGCUGGCAGUAGACAUCAGGAGGGCGUGCCUAAUAUCCUCAUUCUGCUCAGGGGAUCAAGGUCAACAGAUAAUGUUGAUCUCCCGGCCUCUGCCCUGAAAGAGAGUGGAGUCUUAAUUUUUGGUGUUGGCACCAGGAAUUUGAGCAGUGAAAUUCAGAGAAUCGCAAAUGGCCCUUCCUAUGCUCAGACGGUUUCUGAGCUCUCUGACCUAGCCAGUGUCCAGCAGCAAUUUUACAACUCUCUCAGCACUGCACUUCUAGACGUAAUGCCAGUGAUACCUACUGUGAUAGUUGACCAAAGAUUUGACCAGAAAGAUCUCGUAUUUCUUCUGGAUGGUUCAGAUGGCACUCGGAAUUAUUUCACAGCAAUGCGUAAUUUCAUUCAAAGCAUUGUGGAGAAAUUAAAUGUGUCAGAGGGGAGAGACCGUGUCUCUGUAGUGCAAUUCAGCAGAGAUCCAGAGGUGCAUUUCUAUCUCAACACGUUCCCAACAAAGGAGAGUAUUCUCAACACUAUUAGAGGUCUGAGGCACAAAGGAGGGAGUCCGCUCAACACAGGAAUGGCUCUCCAGUAUGUAAGGGACACAGUGUUCAGCCCCUCUUCUGGAAGCAGACAUUUAGAGGGUGUUCCUCAGGUAUUGAUUUUGUUGAGUGGAGGAAGGUCAUUUGAUAACGUUGACGUGCCAGCCUCUUCCCUGAAAGAGCUUGGAGUCUUGAUUUUUCCUGUGGGAUCAGUAGACUCUGAUAGACAUGAAUUGCAGAAGAUCUCAAAUGACCCUAGGUCCACACUCUCGGUGACAGACUUUACUUACCUCCCCAAUGUGCAAGAGCAGCUUCUGACCAUCAUUAACACUGCACUUAUAAGAUCCACAAGUAUCUCUCCGACAACAAUAGUUGAGUCUCAUCUACCAAGGAGAGAUGUUGUUUUCCUGCUGGAUGGGUCAGAGGGCAAUAGAAAUGGGUUCCCCGCAAUGAUAGACUUUGUUCAACGAGUGGUGGAGGGGUUGAACAUAGGCGAGAACAAAGAUCGUGUUUCUGUAGUCCAGUUCAGCAGAGAUACAGAUAUUCAUUUCUAUCUUAAUGCAUAUACAACAAAGGAGGACGUGCUUGGCGCAGUCAGAGUUUUGAGGCAAAAAGGAGGAAAGCCCCUGAACAUGGGGGCAGCUCUACAGUACGUCAGAGAAAACGUAUUUAUUGCCUCCUCGGGCAGUAGACGACUGGAGGGUGUACCACAGAUGCUGAUCCUGUUGAGUGCCGGAAGGUCAUUUGACAAUGUCGAUAUCCCAGCUUCAGCACUGAAGGACCUGGGAAUCUUGAUUUUUGGAAUAGGAUCAAGCGACUCUGAACGUAAUGAACUUGAGAGGAUUUCAUUUGACCCCAGUUUUGCGCGAAUUGUGUCAGAUUUCACUGAGCUCCCAAAUGUCCAAGACCAACUUUUGACUUCCAUAGAGGCUGUGGCAGCUCCCAUUACUCCGUCCUCCCCACCAUCACUUGUUGAUUAUGAGGGUCCCAGAAAGGAUGUUGUCUUCCUGCUGGAUGGUUCAGAUGGGACUAGGAAUGGAUUCCCUGCCAUGCUUGAUUUUGUACAAAGACUAGUGGAAAAGUUUAACUUUGAGGACAGCAUGGACCAUGUUUCGGUGGUGCAAUACAGUACAAAUGCCGAGGUGCAUUUCUAUCUGAGUACCUUUUCGACAAAAGAUGAAAUCCUCAAUGCCAUCAGCACUGUAAAGCACAAAGGCGGGAGACGUGUCAACACAGGGUCAGCUCUCCAAUAUGUGAGAGAAAAUGUCUUCACUGCUUCUGCUGGCAGUAGACAUCAGGAGGGCGUGCCUAAUAUCCUCAUUCUGCUCAGGGGAUCAAGGUCAACAGAUAAUGUUGAUCUCCCGGCCUCUGCCCUGAAAGAGAGUGGAGUCUUAAUUUUUGGUGUUGGCACCAGGAAUUUGAGCAGUGAAAUUCAGAGAAUCGCAAAUGGCCCUUCCUAUGCUCAGACGGUUUCUGAGCUCUCUGACCUAGCCAGUGUCCAGCAGCAAUUUUACAACUCUCUCAGCACUGCACUUCUAGACGUAAUGCCAGUGAUACCUACUGUGAUAGUUGACCAAAGAUUUGACCAGAAAGAUCUCGUAUUUCUUCUGGAUGGUUCAGAUGGCACUCGGAAUUAUUUCACAGCAAUGCGUAAUUUCAUUCAAAGCAUUGUGGAGAAAUUAAAUGUGUCAGAGGGGAGAGACCGUGUCUCUGUAGUGCAAUUCAGCAGAGAUCCAGAGGUGCAUUUCUAUCUCAACACGUUCCCAACAAAGGAGAGUAUUCUCAACACUAUUAGAGGUCUGAGGCACAAAGGAGGGAGUCCGCUCAACACAGGAAUGGCUCUCCAGUAUGUAAGGGACACAGUGUUCAGCCCCUCUUCUGGAAGCAGACGUUUAGAGGGUGUUCCUCAGGUAUUGAUUUUGUUGAGUGGAGGAAGGUCAUUUGAUAACGUUGACGUGCCAGCCUCUUCCCUGAAAGAGCUUGGAGUCUUGAUUUUUCCUGUGGGAUCAGUAGACUCUGAUAGACAUGAAUUGCAGAAGAUCUCAAAUGACCCUAGGUCCACACUCUCGGUGACAGACUUUACUUACCUCCCCAAUGUGCAAGAGCAGCUUCUGACCAUCAUUAACACUGCACUUAUAAGAUCCACAAGUAUCUCUCCGACAACAAUAGUUGAGUCUCGUCUACCAAGGAGAGAUGUUGUUUUCCUGCUGGAUGGGUCAGAGGGCAAUAGAAAUGGGUUCCCCGCAAUGAUAGACUUUGUUCAACGAGUGGUGGAGAGGUUGAACAUAGGCGAGAACAAAGAUCGUGUUUCUGUAGUCCAGUUCAGCAGAGAUACAGAUAUUCAUUUCUAUCUUAAUGCAUAUACAACAAAGGAGGACAUUCUUGGCGCAGUCAGAGUUUUGAGGCAAAAAGGAGGAAAGCCCCUGAACAUGGGGGCAGCUCUACAGUACGUCAGAGAAAACGUAUUUAUUGCCUCCUCGGGCAGUAGACGACUGGAGGGUGUACCACAGAUGCUGAUCCUGUUGAGUGCCGGAAGGUCAUUUGACAAUGUCGAUAUCCCAGCUUCAGCACUGAAGGACCUGGGAAUCUUGAUUUUUGGAAUAGGAUCAAGCGACUCUGAACGCAAUGAACUUGAGAGGAUUUCAUUUGACCCCAGUUUUGCGCUAAUUGUGUCAGAUUUCGCUGAGCUCCCAAAUGUCCAAGACCAACUUUUGACUUCCAUAGAGGCUGUGGCAGCUCCCAUUACUCCGUCCUCCCCACCAUCACUUGUUGAUUAUGAGGGUCCCAGAAAGGAUGUUGUCUUCCUGCUGGAUGGUUCAGAUGGGACUAGGAAUGGAUUCCCUGCCAUGCUUGAUUUUGUACAAAGACUAGUGGAAAAGUUUAACUUUGAGGACAGCAUGGACCAUGUUUCGGUGGUGCAGUACAGUACAAACGCCGAGGUGCAUUUCUAUCUGAGUACCUUUUCGACAAAAGAUGAAAUCCUCAAUGCCAUCAGCACUGUAAAGCACAAAGGCGGGAGACGUGUCAACACAGGGUCAGCUCUCCAAUAUGUGAGAGAAAAUGUCUUCACUGCUUCUGCUGGCAGUAGACAUCAGGAGGGCGUGCCUAAUAUCCUCAUUCUGCUCAGGGGAUCAAGGUCAACAGAUAAUGUUGAUCUCCCGGCCUCUGCCCUGAAAGAGAGUGGAGUCUUAAUUUUUGGUGUUGGCACCAGGAAUUUGAGCAGUGAAAUUCAGAGAAUCGCAAAUGGCCCUUCCUAUGCUCAGACGGUUUCUGAGCUCUCUGACCUAGCCAGUGUCCAGCAGCAAUUUUACAACUCUCUCAGCACUGCACUUCUAGACGUAAUGCCAGUGAUACCUACUGUGAUAGUUGACCAAAGAUUUGACCAGAAAGAUGUUGUAUUUCUUCUGGAUGGUUCAGAUGGCACUCGGAAUUAUUUCACAGCAAUGCGUAAUUUCAUUCAAAGCAUUGUGGAGAAAUUAAAUGUGUCAGAGGGGAGAGACCGUGUCUCUGUAGUGCAAUUCAGCAGAGAUCCAGAGGUGCAUUUCUAUCUCAACACGUUCCCAACAAAGGAGAGUAUUCUCAACACUAUUAGAGGUCUGAGGCACAAAGGAGGGAGUCCGCUCAACACAGGAAUGGCUCUCCAGUAUGUAAGGGACACAGUGUUCAGCCCCUCUUCUGGAAGCAGACGUUUAGAGGGUGUUCCUCAGGUAUUGAUUUUGUUGAGUGGAGGAAGGUCAUUUGAUAACGUUGACGUGCCAGCCUCUUCCCUGAAAGAGCUUGGAGUCUUGAUUUUUCCUGUGGGAUCAGUAGACUCUGAUAGACAUGAAUUGCAGAAGAUCUCAAAUGACCCUAGGUCCACACUCUCGGUGACAGACUUUACUUACCUCCCCAAUGUGCAAGAGCAGCUUCUGACCAUCAUUAACACUGCACUUAUAAGAUCCACAAGUAUCUCUCCGACAACAAUAGUUGAGUCUCGUCUACCAAGGAGAGAUGUUGUUUUCCUGCUGGAUGGGUCAGAGGGCAAUAGAAAUGGGUUCCCCGCAAUGAUAGACUUUGUUCAACGAGUGGUGGAGAGGUUGAACAUAGGCGAGAACAAAGAUCGUGUUUCUGUAGUCCAGUUCAGCAGAGAUACAGAUAUUCAUUUCUAUCUUAAUGCAUAUACAACAAAGGAGGACAUUCUUGGCGCAGUCAGAGUUUUGAGGCAAAAAGGAGGAAAGCCCCUGAACAUGGGGGCAGCUCUACAGUACGUCAGAGAAAACGUAUUUAUUGCCUCCUCGGGCAGUAGACGACUGGAGGGUGUACCACAGAUGCUGAUCCUGUUGAGUGCCGGAAGGUCAUUUGACAAUGUCGAUAUCCCAGCUUCAGCACUGAAGGACCUGGGAAUCUUGAUUUUUGGAAUAGGAUCAAGCGACUCUGAACGCAAUGAACUUGAGAGGAUUUCAUUUGACCCCAGUUUUGCGCUAAUUGUGUCAGAUUUCGCUGAGCUCCCAAAUGUCCAAGACCAACUUUUGACUUCCAUAGAGGCUGUGGCAGCUCCCAUUACUCCGUCCUCCCCACCAUCACUUGUUGAUUAUGAGGGUCCCAGAAAGGAUGUUGUCUUCCUGCUGGAUGGUUCAGAUGGGACUAGGAAUGGAUUCCCUGCCAUGCUUGAUUUUGUACAAAGACUAGUGGAAAAGUUUAACUUUGAGGACAGCAUGGACCAUGUUUCGGUGGUGCAGUACAGUACAAACGCCGAGGUGCAUUUCUAUCUGAGUACCUUUUCGACAAAAGAUGAAAUCCUCAAUGCCAUCAGCACUGUAAAGCACAAAGGCGGGAGACGUGUCAACACAGGGUCAGCUCUCCAAUAUGUGAGAGAAAAUGUCUUCACUGCUUCUGCUGGCAGUAGACAUCAGGAGGGCGUGCCUAAUAUCCUCAUUCUGCUCAGGGGAUCAAGGUCAACAGAUAAUGUUGAUCUCCCGGCCUCUGCCCUGAAAGAGAGUGGAGUCUUAAUUUUUGGUGUUGGCACCAGGAAUUUGAGCAGUGAAAUUCAGAGAAUCGCAAAUGGCCCUUCCUAUGCUCAGACGGUUUCUGAGCUCUCUGACCUAGCCAGUGUCCAGCAGCAAUUUUACAACUCUCUCAGCACUGCACUUCUAGACGUAAUGCCAGUGAUACCUACUGUGAUAGUUGACCAAAGAUUUGACCAGAAAGAUCUCGUAUUUCUUCUGGAUGGUUCAGAUGGCACUCGGAAUUAUUUCACAGCAAUGCGUAAUUUCAUUCAAAGCAUUGUGGAGAAAUUAAAUGUGUCAGAGGGGAGAGACCGUGUCUCUGUAGUGCAAUUCAGCAGAGAUCCAGAGGUGCAUUUCUAUCUCAACACGUUCCCAACAAAGGAGAGUAUUCUCAACACUAUUAGAGGUCUGAGGCACAAAGGAGGGAGUCCGCUCAACACAGGAAUGGCUCUCCAGUAUGUAAGGGACACAGUGUUCAGCCCCUCUUCUGGAAGCAGACGUUUAGAGGGUGUUCCUCAGGUAUUGAUUUUGUUGAGUGGAGGAAGGUCAUUUGAUAACGUUGACGUGCCAGCCUCUUCCCUGAAAGAGCUUGGAGUCUUGAUUUUUCCUGUGGGAUCAGUAGACUCUGAUAGACAUGAAUUGCAGAAGAUCUCAAAUGACCCUAGGUCCACACUCUCGGUGACAGACUUUACUUACCUCCCCAAUGUGCAAGAGCAGCUUCUGACCAUCAUUAACACUGCACUUAUAAGAUCCACAAGUAUCUCUCCGACAACAAUAGUUGAGUCUCAUCUACCAAGGAGAGAUGUUGUUUUCCUGCUGGAUGGGUCAGAGGGCAAUAGAAAUGGGUUCCCCGCAAUGAUAGACUUUGUUCAACGAGUGGUGGAGAGGUUGAACAUAGGCGAGAACAAAGAUCGUGUUUCUGUAGUCCAGUUCAGCAGAGAUACAGAUAUUCAUUUCUAUCUUAAUGCAUAUACAACAAAGGAGGACGUUCUUGGCGCUGUCAGAGUUUUGAGGCAAAAAGGAGGAAAGCCCCUGAACAUGGGGGCAGCUCUACAGUACGUCAGAGAAAACGUAUUUAUUGCCUCCUCAGGCAGUAGACGACUGGAGGGUGUACCACAGAUGCUGAUCCUGUUGAGUGCCGGAAGGUCAUUUGACAAUGUCGAUAUCCCAGCUUCAGCACUGAAGGACCUGGGAAUCUUGAUUUUUGGAAUAGGAUCAAGCGACUCUGAACGUAAUGAACUUGAGAGGAUUUCAUUUGACCCCAGUUUUGCGCUAAUUGUGUCAGAUGUCGCUGAGCUCCCAAAUGUCCAAGACCAACUUUUGACUUCCAUAGAGGCUGUGGCAGCUCCCAUUACUCCGUCCUCCCCACCAUCACUUGUUGAUUAUGAGUCUCCCAGAAAGGAUGUUGUCUUCCUGCUGGAUGGUUCAGAUGGGACUAGGAAUGGAUUCCCUGCCAUGCUUGAUUUUGUACAAAGACUAGUGGAAAAGUUUAACUUUGAGGACAGCAUGGACCAUGUUUCGGUGGUGCAGUACAGUACAAACGCCGAGGUGCAUUUCUAUCUGAGUACCUUUUCGACAAAAGAUGAAAUCCUCAAUGCCAUCAGCACUGUAAAGCACAAAGGCGGGAGACGUGUCAACACAGGGUCAGCUCUCCAAUAUGUGAGAGAAAAUGUCUUCACUGCUUCUGCUGGCAGUAGACAUCAGGAGGGCGUGCCUAAUAUCCUCAUUCUGCUCAGGGGAUCAAGGUCAACAGAUAAUGUUGAUCUCCCGGCCUCUGCCCUGAAAGAGAGUGGAGUCUUAAUUUUUGGUGUUGGCACCAGGAAUUUGAGCAGUGAAAUUCAGAGAAUCGCAAAUGGCCCUUCCUAUGCUCAGACGGUUUCUGAGCUCUCUGACCUAGCCAGUGUCCAGCAGCAAUUUUACAACUCUCUCAGCACUGCACUUCUAGACAUAAUGCCAGUGAUACCUACUGUGAUAGUUGACCAAAGAUUUGACCAGAAAGAUGUCGUAUUUCUUCUGGAUGGUUCAGAUGGCACUCGGAAUUAUUUCACAGCAAUGCGUAAUUUCAUUCAAAGCAUUGUGGAGAAAUUAAAUGUGUCAGAGGGGAGAGACCGUGUCUCUGUAGUGCAAUUCAGCAGAGAUCCAGAGGUGCAUUUCUAUCUCAACACGUUCCCAACAAAGGAGAGUAUUCUCAACACUAUUAGAGGUCUGAGGCACAAAGGAGGGAGUCCGCUCAACACAGGAAUGGCUCUCCAGUAUGUAAGGGACAGAGUAUUCAGCCCCUCUUCUGGGAGCAGACGUUUAGAGGGUGUUCCUCAGGUAUUGAUUUUGUUGAGUGGAGGAAGGUCAUUUGAUAACGUUGACGUGCCAGCCUCUUCCCUUAAAGAGCUUGGAGUCUUGAUUUUUCCUGUGGGAUCAGUAGACUCUGAUAGACAUGAAUUGCAGAAGAUCUCAAAUGACCCCAGGUCCACACUCUCGGUGACAGACUUUACUUACCUCCCCAAUGUGCAAGAGCAGCUUCUGACCAUCAUUAACACUGCACUUAUAAGAUCCACAAGUAUCUCUCCGACAACAAUAGUUGAGUCUCGUCUACCAAGGAGAGAUGUUGUUUUCCUGCUGGAUGGGUCAGAUGGCAAUAGAAAUGGGUUCCCCGCAAUGAUAGACUUUGUUCAACGAGUGGUGGAGAGGUUGAACAUAGGCGAGAACAAAGACCGUGUUUCUGUAGUCCAGUUCAGCAGAGAUACAGAUAUUCAUUUCUAUCUUAAUUUAUUUACAACAAAGGAGGACGUUCUUGGCACAGUCAGAGUUUUGAGGCAAAAAGGAGGAAGGCCCCUGAACAUGGGGGCAGCUCUGCAGUACGUCAAAGAAAACGUAUUUAUUGCCUCCUCGGGCAGUAGACGACUGGAGGGUGUACCACAGAUGCUGAUCCUGUUGAGUGCCGGAAGGUCAUUUGACAAUGUCGAUAUCCCAGCUUCAGCACUGAAGGACCUGGGAAUCUUGAUUUUUGGAAUAGGAUCAAGCGACUCUGAACGCAAUGAACUUGAGAGGAUUUCAUUUGACCCCAGUUUUGCGCUAACUGUGUCAGAUUUCACUGAGCUCCCAAAUGUCCAAGACCAACUUUUGACUUCCAUAGAGGCUGUGGCAGCUCCCAUUACUCCAUCCUCCCCACCAUCACUUGUUGAUUAUGAGGGUCCCAGAAAGGAUGUUGUCUUCCUGCUGGAUGGUUCAGAUGGGACUAGGAAUGGAUUCCCUGCCAUGCUUGAUUUUGUACAAAGACUAGUGGAAAAGUUUAACUUUGAGGACAGCAUGGACCAUGUUUCGGUGGUGCAGUACAGUACAAACGCCGAGGUGCAUUUCUAUCUGAAUACCUUUUCGACAAAAGAUGAAAUCCUUAAUGCCAUCAGCACUGUAAAGCACAAAGGUGGGAGACGUGUCAACACAGGGUCAGCUCUCCAAUAUGUGAGAGAAAAUGUCUUCACUGCUUCUGCUGGCAGUAGACAUCAGGAGGGUGUGCCUAAUAUCCUCAUUCUGCUCAGGGGAUCAAGGUCAACAGAUAAUGUUGAUCUCCCGGCCUCUGCCCUGAAAGAGAGUGGAGUCUUAAUUUUUGGUGUUGGCACCAGGAAUUUGAGCAGUGAAAUUCAGAGAAUCGCAAAUGGCCCUUCCUAUGCUCAGACGGUUUCUGAGCUCUCUGACCUAGCCAGUGUCCAGCAGCAAUUUUACAACUCUCUCAGCACUGCACUUCUAGACGUAAUGCCAGUGAUACCUACUGUGAUAGUUGACCAAAGAUUUGACCAGAAAGAUGUCGUAUUUCUUUUGGAUGGUUCAGAUGGCACUCGGAAUUAUUUCACGGCAAUGCGUAAUUUCAUUCAAAGCAUUGUGGAGAAAUUAAUUGUGUCAGAGGGGAGAGACCGUGUCUCUGUAGUGCAAUUCAGCAGAGAUCCAGAGGUGCAUUUCUAUCUCAACACGUUCCCAACAAAGGAGAGUAUUCUCAACACUAUUAGAGGUCUGAGGCACAAAGGAGGGAGUCCGCUCAACACAGGAAUGGCUCUCCAGUAUGUAAGGGACACAGUGUUCAGCCCCUCUUCUGGAAGCAGACGUUUAGAGGGUGUUCCUCAGGUAUUGAUUUUGUUGAGUGGAGGAAGGUCAUUUGAUAACGUUGACGUGCCAGCCUCUUCCCUGAAAGAGCUUGGAGUCUUGAUUUUUCCUGUGGGAUCAGUAGACUCUGAUAGACAUGAAUUGCAGAAGAUCUCAAAUGACCCUAGGUCCACACUCUCGGUGACAGACUUUACUUACCUCCCCAAUGUGCAAGAGCAGCUGCUGACCAUCAUUAACACUGCACUUAUAAGAUCCACAAGUAUCUCUCCGACAACAAUAGUUGAGUCUCGUCUACCAAGGAGAGAUGUUGUUUUCCUGCUGGAUGGGUCAGAGGGCAAUAGAAAUGGGUUCCCCGCAAUGAUAGACUUUGUUCAACGAGUGGUGGAGAGGUUGAACAUAGGCGAGAACAAAGACCGUGUUUCUGUAGUCCAGUUCAGCAGAGAUACAGAUAUUCAUUUCUAUCUUAAUGCAUUUACAACAAAGGAGGACGUUCUUGGCACAGUCAGAGUUUUGAGGCAAAAAGGAGGAAGGCCCCUGAACAUGGGGGCAGCUCUGCAGUACGUCAAAGAAAACGUAUUUAUUGCCUCCUCGGGCAGUAGACGACUGGAGGGUGUACCACAGAUGCUGAUCCUGUUGAGUGCCGGAAGGUCAUUUGACAAUGUCGAUAUCCCAGCUUCAGCACUGAAGGACCUGGGAAUCUUGAUUUUUGGAAUAGGAUCAAGCGACUCUGAACGCAAUGAACUUGAGAGGAUUUCAUUUGACCCCAGUUUUGCGCUAACUGUGUCAGAUUUCACUGAGCUCCCAAAUGUCCAAGACCAACUUUUGACUUCCAUAGAGGCUGUGGCAGCUCCCAUUACUCCGUCCUCCCCACCAUCACUUGUUGAUUAUGAGGGUCCCAGAAAGGAUGUUGUCUUCCUGCUGGAUGGUUCAGAUGGGACUAGGAAUGGAUUCCCUGCCAUGCUUGAUUUUGUACAAAGACUAGUGGAAAAGUUUAACUUUGAGGACAGCAUGGACCAUGUUUCGGUGGUGCAGUACAGUACAAAUCCCGAGGUGCAUUUCUAUCUGAAUACCUUUUCGACAAAAGAUGAAAUCCUCAAUGCCAUCAGCACUGUAAAGCACAAAGGCGGGAGACGUGUCAACACAGGGUCAGCUCUCCAAUAUGUGAGAGAAAAUGUCUUCACUGCUUCUGCUGGCAGUAGACAUCAGGAGGGCGUGCCUAAUAUCCUCAUUCUGCUCAGGAGAUCAAGGUCAACAGAUAAUGUUGAUCUCCCGGCCUCUGCCCUGAAAGAGAGUGGAGUCUUAAUUUUUGGUGUUGGCACCAGGAAUUUGAGAAGUGAAAUUCAGAGAAUUGCAAAUGGCCCUUCCUAUGCUCAGACGGUUUCUGAGCUCUCUGACCUAGCCAGUGUCCAGCAGCAAUUUUACAACUCUCUCAGCACUGCACUUCUAGACGUAAUGCCAGUGAUACCUACUAUGAUAGCAGAGUCUCAGGGUCCCAAGAAGGAUAUUAUCUUUGUGAUUGAUGGAUCUGAAGAUGUUGGGAGAGAUUUUCCCAUUAUCCAGGAAUUUGUUCGUGGAGUUGUAGAGAACUUAAAUGUAGGCGAAAACAAAAUUCGAGUAAGUGUAGUGCAGUAUGGAGACACUCCUCAUGUGGAUAUCUAUCUCAAUUCCCACAAGACCAAAGAGGGGGUCUUAAAUGCAAUCAAGGAACUCAGACAACAUGGAGGUAGAAACCGUUACCUGGGAAGAGCCAUAGAUUUUGUCCGUCUGAAUGUCCUGGAUUCAGUUCGUGGGAGCAGGAAGCAGGAGGGUGUCCCACAGUUUCUCAUAGUAAUUUCAGGAGGAAAAUCAACAGAUAAUAUAGGAACAUCAGUACAUAUGGUAAAAGAGUUAGGAAUUGUGCCUUUCAGUAUAGGGACAAGAGAUACUGGCCUUCAAGAGCUGCAGAUGAUCUCCUAUGUGCCCACAUUUGCUUACUCAGUGGAAGAUUUGCCUGGCCUUCACAUUGUCAAAGAUCAGUUCAUCACUACCCUGACAGAGCUGUCUGAUGAAGAACUGAAGAUACUGAAACCUGUUUAUCCCAUAGUACCAACAAUAUCGACUGGAGAAAAGAAGGAUGUGGUCUUCCUCGUUGAUGGAACAACUAUGAUGCAGAGAGAUUUCCCUGCUAUCCAAGACAUGAUUCUGAACAUUGUGGAGAAGCUAGAUGUUGGGUUAAACAAGGUGAGGAUUUCAGUAGUACAGUACAGUGAAGACCCUAAACUGGAGUUCCUCCUUAAUGAGCACUCAACCAAGGAAGAGGUUCGCCAGUCAGUGAGUAAAAUGAGAAGUAAAGGUGGCAGAAUACUUAAUACUGGCCAAGCACUUAGUUGGAUCUCAAGGAAUAUCUAUCAGAGAUCAGCUGGCAGCCGAAUUGAAGAGGGUGUGCCACAGUUUCUCAUUUUAAUGACUGGAGGAAAAUCCAACGAUGAUGUAUCUGGUCCAGCUAACCAGCUGAAACUGAAUUAUGUGGCUCCUAUCGCUGUUGGAUCAGAUAAUGCUGAUGUUGAAGAGCUGAAACUGAUUUCUAUAAAGCCAGGACAUGCACACAUCAUUAGAGACUUCCAACAAAAGCCAGGAGUGGAACAGCAGCUUUUGGCUACAAUUAACACCAUGACUACUAAAGAAAUCGAAGACUCUAUACAAACUCUGGAUAUAGGACUGAAUCUUGGAAGAAAGGACAUUGUUUUCCUUAUUGAUGGUUCUGAUAAUGUUGGUCCAAGUGGAAUUGCUCAUAUUCGUGACUUUAUCUUGAAGAUUGUCCAGCAACUCAAUGUGCACCCUGAAGAAGUGCGUGUCGCAGUGGUACAGUAUGCAGAGAGACCUAAGACUGAGUUCUCACUUAUAUCCCAUAGCAACAAGAAGGCAGUCAUUUCAUCUAUUAAGAGAUUGCGUCAGAUGGGUGGUCGUGGUGGAAACUUAGCUGAUGCUAUUCAGUAUGUGAUUGAUAAAGAACUAAAGGAAUCUGCAGGAGCUCGGCCGAACAAGGCUUCUCAGCAUUUGGUGGUACUCACAGGUGGAAGGUCUACCUCUGAUGUCUCUCCUUAUGGUCAAGUUCUCAAAAAAUCUCAGGUAAAAUGUAUAGGAAUUGGUGCUGGGGCAGCAGAUUCAAGGCAACUUGGAGCAAUUGCAACCACACCAGAUGAUGUCUUCCAAGUGUCAACCUUCCCAGCACUGCCAAAUAUAGAAAAUCAAUUUAUUGCAAGACUCAGUGGAACAGUGGUGAUUACAACCACUGUGCCCCCCACGCCUUCUGGUCCAAAGCCUAAGGUUGCCGACAUAGUUUUUUUGGUUGACGGCUCAAUAAACCUGGGGAAGAAUAAUUUCAAAGUGACCAUGGAAUUUAUUAAAGAGCUUAUUGAACUUUUUGUCACAGAUAGUGACAACCUUCAGAUUGGUCUGGCACACUAUGCCACAGACGUGACUGAUGUUUUCUACUUUAAUACAUAUGACAACAAGGAUGAUGUUUUGGAGGCUAUCAGCAGAACUGAGUACAAGGGUGGUUGGAAAAUUAAUACAGGCAACGCCAUUAGGCAUGUUCAGCAAGCACACUUUGUGAAGGAGAAAGGUAGUCGGAAGGAUGAGGGAAUCCCUCAGAUCCUGAUGUUGGUGACGGGUGGACGUUCACAAGAUGAUGGUAAAACAGCAGCACUGGGUCUUAAAAAUGCAGGAGUACGUAUCUAUGCCAUUGGUGUGGGAGACAUUGAGAAUGAGCUCAAUGACUUGGCCAGUGAGUCUGCCACUGUGGCCCGGGCCAGUACCUUCCGAGAGCUUUCUGAGCUGAAUGAGCGGAUUUUGGCCACACUUGUAGACGAUGUCAGCGGAAAUCUCUGUACAGGAGAAAAAACUGUAACAAAAGCUUGCAACUUGGACGUUCUUGUGGGCUUUGAUGUGUCUGCUCAGAACAUCUUUGCAAAUCAAAGAUCACUGGAGACCAAGAUGGCUGACAUUCUGCAGCGAAUUACCCAAAUGGAGGCCAUUAGCUGCUCUCCUAGUCAGGUUCCAUCAGUACAUGUGGGAAUAUCAGCAUUGGACUCUGCACUAGAGCCUGUUCAUCUAGACUUUACCGAUAGCUACACAAAGCUCAUUGAGUCCUUCAGCUCUCUGCACAGCCGCGGACCCUUCAUCUUGAAUGACAAGACUAUUGAUGCAUAUAGUGCAAGGUUCCAGGACCGUCCUUCAGACAGAGUUAAGGUUGUAAUUCACCUCACUGAUGGAUUGGAUGCCCAAUAUAAUGUUUUGAAAAAGCGAGUUGAGCGGAUGCGGACUGAAGGAGUCAGUGCUUUCAUCUUGGUUGCUCUGGAGAGGGUACCACAAUUUGAGAAUGCAGUGUUACUGGAAUUUGGACGGGGUUUUAGGUCCAAACCUCUGCGUGUGAAUCUGAUGGACUUGGACUAUGAACUGCGAGAGGAACUGGACAAUAUUGCUGAAAUGGAGUGCUGCUCAGUCCCAUGCAAAUGCACUGGCCAGAGAGGCUACAGAGGACCUGUUGGUUUUGCAGGAACAAAGGGAUCACCUGGAAGGCAGGGCUACAGAGGACAUCCUGGUGAUGAAGGCGCACCGGGAGAAAGAGGUCCUCCGGGUGUGAAUGGAACUCAAGGUUUUCAAGGCUGCCCAGGCUUAAGAGGUGCAAAGGGUGGACAUGGAUACAAUGGUGAAAAGGGAGAAAUAGGAGAUAUUGGUUUAGAUGGCAUCAAUGGGGAAGAGGGAACAGGUGGAGUUGUUGGACCACCAGGUGACCAAGGCAACCCUGGGCAAAGAGGCCCUAAAGGUGCCAAAGGCCAGGCAGGAGAUAUUGGUCAGACCGGCAUCUCUGGAGAUCCAGGCACUACAGGAAAGGACAAUGACCAAAGAGGGCCAAAAGGAGAUCCAGGCGAUGCUGGGCCACCGGGUGAGCCUGGAGAAGAUGGUAAAAAAGGAGAUCCAGGAGAAGCAGGGAGACCGGGUAAUGAUGGUAGAAGGGGUCCACCUGGAAAAGCUGGUCCUGUUGGAAAGCCUGGAGCAGAUGGUACUCCAGGGGGGCAUGGAAUUGGCGGGCCGAGAGGUUCUAGUGGACCAGUUGGAACACCAGGAGUCAGGGGAGAGGAUGGAAAUCCAGGACCAAGAGGUCCCGGAGGAGCCGAAGGACCACCUGGGGAAAAGGGCCGACGAGGUGUUGUUGGACGGAAGGGUGAACCUGGAGACCCAGGACCUAAGGGUUCUCCAGGAUCACUUGGACCCCGGGGAGAACCUGGAGACGAUGGGCGAGAUGGCUUUGGAAUACUUGGUCCUAAAGGAAGAAAGGGUGAUAUAGGUUUCCCUGGAUAUCCAGGUCCAAAGGGAGAAGCUGGUGACCCUGGAACCAAGGGUGGGCCUGGACCCAAAGGAAACAGUGGCCAGAGAGGUGUUGCAGGUGGUGUUGGUGACCCUGGACAGAAGGGAGAAGUUGGCUAUCCUGGAUCUUAUGGCCCAAAGGGACCCAGAGGACCAAGUGUAUCAACUUGUGCCUUGGUCAAGAAAAUCAGAGAUAACUGUCCAUGCUGUUAUGGAGCUCAGGAAUGUCCUCUCUAUCCCACUGAACUGGCCUUUGCCCUGGAUGUAUCGACUGGUGUGUCAAAGGAUAAUUUUGACAGUAUGAAGAACAUUAUACUCCAUCUGCUGAAUGACAUUACCAUUACUGACAGCAACUGUCCACGAGGUGCUCGAGUGGCUCUGACACUCUACAACAGUGAGACAACCACUGACGUACGCUUUUCUGAUGCUUUGAAAAAACAUGCAUUGUUGGAACGGGUGCGAGGCUUGCAGACUCUGAGGACAAAUAAGAAGCGCAACCUGGAAACAGCCAUGAACUUUUUGGCCCAAAACACCUUUAAGAGGGUGCGCAGUGGCUUCUUGGUGCGCAAGGUGGCUCUGUUUUUUGUGAAUGACCCUGUGGACAUCACAACAGCGUUCACCAAUGCUGCUUUGCGACUCUACGAUGUUGGAAUCACCGCUGUUUUCCUCAUGCCUCGUCCGCCAACUGAAUUCCUGCAGGUCAAUAACACUGUAUUAGCCUAUUUCAAGGAACUACCCUCUCAAUCAAGUGCAAAUUACCACAACAAAAUUAAAGAGAUAAUGGACUGCCACAUCUGCCUAGACAUCUGCACGCCUAAUGAGCUGUGUAAUUAUAAGCCUUCCCUGAGUAGUCGGGGAAGAAGAGCCUCCCCUACAGACUUAGAUGUUGAUAUGGCUUUCAUCAUUGAUAGCUCUGAAAGCACUUGGCCAACUGUCUUUACAGAAAUGAAACGGUAUAUUGCUCACAUGGUGAAUCAGCUGGAGAUCUCGAGCGAACCAGCAACAAGUGCCCAUCAUACUAGAGUUGCAUUGGUUCAGCAUUGCCCAUAUGAGUAUUUGUACAAUGAUAGCAGUAUUCCUAUUAGCACAGCAUUUGGCCUGACAGACCACAAGUCAGUUCACAAUAUCCAGAGCUUCUUACUGGACAAGGUUCAGCAGCUAGAAGGGGGUCGUGCUCUGGCAGCAGCUCUGGAGAGUACAGUGGAGCACGUUUUUGAGAAAGCACCACAUCCACGCCACCUGAAAUUGCUCGUUCUGCUUGUGACUGGGCCAGUGGAAGACAAUGAGGAGAGGCUGCUGAAGGCUGCUAUUGAUGUCAAAUGCAAAGGUUAUUUUAUUGUCGUGAUAGGAGUGGGUAAGCAGUUCCAUGCUGGAGAUGCUCGUAUCCUGGCCCAGGUGGCUAGUGAACCUUCAGAUGUAUUCUACAAGCAUGUUGAUGGACCUCUAGGCUUCUAUGAUGACCAUCUUCAGAGGUUUGCCCAACUACUGCCCAAGUACCUUAGUUUGAAGAAUACAUUCUACAUGUCCGAUGAAGUCUCAAAGCACUGCCCAUGGUACCAAAGUGACCAACCACCCAGGUCACAAAAUAUUUACAAGAACAACAAUAAACACCAUGAUCAGGAAAAGAAGGAAGAUAAGGAACAAAAUCUUAAAGAAGUAAAUGCUGAGGUCCUGCACCUGGUCAACGUUACGUCCAAAGGUUUCACUUUGUUGUGGGUUAAUGAUGAUCCAAAAGCAACCCAUGAGGUUACUGUGAUCCGCCUACAGGAUCAUCGUGUAAUACUGAAGAGGAAUGUGACCGGUCCACAUCUUACAUUUAAACGCCUGGAACCCAGUCAAACCUAUCAUGUCGUAGUCAAUGGCCACAGUCUUAAAGAAAAGGUUACAAAGACCUACAAAGGCAUAAUUACCACAAAAGCAGAGGGACCUGCAUUCGUUGCCAAAGCUGAAGUGAAAGAGGUAGUGGCAAUGCCACCACUGAGUAAACCAGAAACUGUUAAUGAGUUUGCAGACCCAUGCUCACUUGACUUUGACACUGGACUACCAUGCAAAGACUAUGAGGCUAAAUGGUACUUUGACAAAAAGAAUGGAUUCUGUACCCAGUUCUGGUAUGGAGGUUGUGGAGGCAAUGAAAAUAGGUUUGAGACUGAGGCGCAAUGUCUUAAACACUGCAUCAAUACAGUGGACCCACAGCCACAGCAGAGUGUCAACAAGAUCAAAUCAGAUAACCCUCCAGCUCCAGCUGCCCAGCAUUCAGUAGUGGACAUCUGUAAACUUCCCAAAGAGGAAGGCACCUGUGCUAAGUUUGUACUUAAAUGGCAUUAUGACUCCGUCAGCAAGAGCUGUACACGAUUCUGGUAUGGAGGCUGCGGUGGCAACCUGAAUCGCUUUGAAACACAAAAGGAGUGUGAAAACGUGUGUGGAAAAACAGUCGCUGUUAAGCAGGCAUCUGUCAUUGCUGCAGUGAGAACAUAAAGGGACACUGAUGAUUUCAAGGUUCACCUCUGAGGGAAAAUUAUGAAAACCAAGUUGCCUGCACUGGAUUCUACCAGAGGAAACCUUUUCCAUAGCCAUUUUCUUUUUUUUUUUUUUUUGGAAAAAAAAAGCCAAAGAGGUCAUUGCAUGAUAUUUUUGUACUGGUGCUAAAUAGUUAGAUAGUUUUUGUUUUGUUUGUUUGUUGUCCAUUUCCCCCAAAUACAGUACAGUGUACAAACAGCUAAAUUCCAGGACAAAAUGUAUUUUGUUAUUGCUGGGGUUUUUUUUUUCCUUCACAUGUAUGAACUGCUUCAUGAAAUCUUUGUAUCUUUUGGGGUUAUAGGGCUGACCUUAGGGUUUUUUUGUUGCCUAGUUUUUAGUCUUUAAUGUACAUUUUAAUUCACAAAGGCAUUCUCGAGUGCUGUCUAAUGUUUUCACUGCUUGUUUGCACAAACUUCUUUUGCAUUCUCUGAUCAGAUGUUGGAAAUGCACUCAUUUAUAAAUGAUCAAAUUGUUCUCAUUAAAAUAAUCCAUUCUGAAUAUUAUAUGAUUUAUGCAUUUAACUGAAUUUGGCUAAAAUGAAAUCAUAAUUAGGCAAUCUUACCUAUAAGGUCACCACUAUUAAAUGCUUUAAAUACUAUAUUGGAACAAUUGUGCAAAAUGGAAGUAAAAAUGAUUGUGUCCUUGUGUGGGGUGGGAUGUGUAUGUGUAUAAGGUACAAGUUUUUUUCACCUUUGUGUUUCACAAAGAACUCAGAAGACAAUAAAUUAGACUUUAUAGUA